UGCAAACCACCACCUGAACUGAGCUGUGUCGUACGUUGUAGUAAACACUCACUUGGCAUCACUGUUUUUGUGAAAGGAAUCCGUAUCAUUUUAGUCAGCAACCUAGCACACGUCCACCACAAGUAGUCCUCUCUAGUUCACUGUGCUCCUCUAGUUUGGCUGUUUAGGUUUGUUUGUGUGCUUCUACUGCAACUUUCGAAAGACCUUAUACUCGAUUUGUGUAGCAAUUUAUUUGCUUCAGUGGCGAGAUCUAGUAUUUCAUUGGUGAACACUUUCGGUCUGCUUUAGAGCGGACCCUUUAGUACAAGUAAUUUAGCUUUCACUCUACAGUCUCUAGAUAGCAAAGUUAUAAUCUCUAAUAGUAAUAGUUCUGCAAUCGAUAGCUAUAUAGGUGCUUCAUGGGAUUGUUGGAGAGGCAGGGAGAGUUGAGCUACAUCCAUGUCUCAUUGUCACCAAGCGAUUUCUGCGUAGGAGGAAGGGCGUGAGGGUUGUGUGAGGUGUACGGCGCGGAGGCAUGCCACCGAGGCUGGAGACAUGGCAAAAUGAUCACCAUCACGUGCCUCAGUUGGAUGACAGCGGCGCACAGCCGAAGGAUGCCAUCGCAUCAUCGCCCCACGUGCUCGUGGCUGUCCUAGCAGCCAUUUCCACGCUGGUCAUGCUCAAACUCAUCUUCUUUUGUACUGAUGGGUGGUGCUGGAGGCGGCGAAGGCGUGAGCAGGGGCACUCGCUCUCCCAGUCCGGCUCAGCAAAGGCACAGUCGACGACCACGGUGGAGAGAGAUGCGCUGCCGUUGUCAUCGCUGGGCGACGGCAACAGCAACGACGAAGUAUUGACCAGUGCGGACGCUAACGCGGAGCAGGCCAGCGCUGGUGGCCUGCACGACGCUACAUUUCUAUCUCACAUGACUACUACCUCAUCCGUCACGACUGCCUCCACGUUGGCGGCACCCUAUGUAGUAGCGGGCCCACAGCAGCAGCAGCAGCACGCAUCCAGCGGUGAAGGCUAUAGCGUACAGAGGUUGAGCCUUUCUUCGGAGCAGCGCUCAUCGUCGCAUGUCAGUCACGAGGCGUUGGAUCUGGCCGGUGACACUUCGUCCAGCGUGCACCACAGCUCUCCGCCGUCCAAGCUGCAGUCGCCGGUCGUGGAUGACUCCGCGCUCGUCACGUCUGCCUCAGUGGACGGUCCGGCGUUGGACUUGGCUGCCAGUCUGCCCGGUCCUAGUGCACGGACGACGAAGAGUGAGCCAGGGGCAUUGGAUACGUUACACUCUCCCAUGGCUAGUGGUAGUUUUAUGUGUGACUUCCCGCGCCGCUUUGAGCCUGUCGUAAGGAGUUCCUCGACCGAGCCGCUUGAAUCGCCAUCGCCCAUAGCAACCGCAGCAUCCCCCGUCAGCCGCUCCAAAUCUUUCCAAGUGAAGUCUUCAGCUCCCAGGGUAGUGCCUCGUUUUGGCUCCAAGAAGCAAAGACCAACCCUCAGCCUCAGCCUUAACCCACUAUCUGAUGAAACUGAGACCCAGGAGAGUAAGGACUUGAAAGCUCUGGAGAAAGUCUCUUGCCCGCGCACGAAAGAGGAACUCUUGGCUGUGGAUGCCAUCACCAGCAAGGAUGCUUUGAAUGAGGAAUUCUGGAAUAUCCCAAUGCACACUGCUGAAUCAGCGGUGGCAUGUUCCGGACCUAAAAACAGAUAUGCCACAAUAUUUCCAACUCGCUCAACACGUGUACUGUUACCUGUUAUUGACAACGACUCCAACUCCAGCUAUAUCAAUGCCAAUUUUAUAUCAGGUUAUAAUUUAAAGAAAAAUGAAUAUAUUGCCACGCAAGGCCCGCUGUCCAAUACAGUGGAUGACUUCUGGCGAAUGGUGUGGGUGUUCAAGUCCGAGCUGAUUGUCAUGAUGAGCCUCAUGUACGAAGCUGGAAAGCCAAAGUGCAUGCGAUACUGGCCGGGCUCUUUCAGCGGUGAUGCAAGUGAAGGCAGCCAGUGUGCGGAUGAUGUCGGUGCAUCGUCGCAGUACGCCAAUGUAACCGUGCGUAUCGUCAGCUCAGAGCUCAUCAUGGACAACACAGUGGCACACACGACGAUGGAGUUGACACAUCGUGAAAGUGCUGAUGAAGUACGCUUACUACAUCACUACUGGUACCUGGUAUGGCCUGAUCAAGGUGUGCCCAGUAGUCCUACUGAGCUGCUUGACCUGGUCGCUGUGGUUCGCCUACACCAAACACUACCCGACUCGCCCAUGGUCAUACACUGCAGUGCUGGCAUUGGUCGCACGGGUUGCUUCAGUGCAGCUGAUAUUGCAAGUCAGCAACUCAAGAAUGAUGACAAAGUAGACUUACAAGGCAUUGUGGCACAGCUCCGUAAAGACAGAGGUGGCUUGGUGCAGAACUGUGACCAGUACCAAUUUCUGUUCCAGUGCUGCCAAGUGUACGCACGCGGCCUCCUGGAGAGCGGUGAGUAGGCAUGGCAACAUGGCAAGCUGGUGUUGGCACUGGACAAGACUUGUACCGCGUCACGUUCGCCACCGUCACCCACCUGAUGGAGAUACACACAUGUACUGUGCUCUGAUCUUACUCGCCACCAUGUCCAUGGCCCAGCAUAGGCACCACCUCCCAGCUGCACUCUUCUCUACGCAAGUGCCUGGUCGGUUGUGUCGUCUUCCAUUUACGGCUCUGUGUGUGUGUGUGUGUGGUCCUUACGCUGCUGGCUAUGUCUGGACCGUUUCUAGCACUGAUGGCGAUAUAGGAGUGCUAUGUUGCCAAUCCUAGCAUGGAGAUGGCAGUGUGCGGCGAAUGGGCGGGAGGUCUUCGGUGCCUUCUUGGCACCGCCGCCACUGCCAAACUCGCAGCUUGCGUGGGCCUGCAUCGUUGUAACCGGUUACUUGGCUUUCCGCCCGUCUCUUCGUGUAGCGCCGCUCAUUCUUAGACGCGAUGAGUGUUUCAGUGCGACGACCUUGCUGUUCGUGUGGCUCAGGUAGAGUGAUGUUCACAGUCACAGGGCCUGUUGCUACGGUCCGGUGUGGUGUAAUCGCUGCUGCGCCGUGUUUCUUUUUUGUUUGAAAUGCUGCCUCUUUUUCUAGUUUCUGCAGCCCUGAAGAAAGCUUGCUCUUUGCAGUACUGUGUGCAGAUUGCGCUAUAACUCUUUUUUUUACACACCUGUGCUCUUUUAUGGCUAUCGCAGCAUGACAUGUUCUUGACCAAGCGAGGUUCGCGCCCGUAUAACUACAUGCUGUUGCUUAGCUGUGCAUUCCACCGUUAGCGUCUCUUCGCCCGGGUGGCGGUGGUGCAUGGCAUUUCUGGUGCUGGAGCGUUCGCCUUAGGUGGGUGUCCGCCGUCGAGCGGGCGCCUUGGAUUCCGUCCCAUGCAGAGCGAUUCCUUUUAUAAUUAUUUUACACUUGAGGUGAUAAUUCCUGUCACGGGCGCGCCUGCCCCUGUGCUUGACUGACAAGCAUACUGUGUAUGUGCCAUGUUGAGCUGCCAAUCAUUGUAUUCGAUUUCGGUUUGGGAAAUGUGUACUUUUUUUUUUUUUUAAUCUGACCAAAUUAUUUCAUUCUUGUUCUUCUCCUUUUUUUUACCAAUCCAAAUACCAGAGCCCUUAUUUUUUGCUGCUAGGUCUCGUUUACUGAAGCCUGGGCUAGGUUUCGACUCUUUACGUUGUGUCUGUAUUGUUUAGGGGAAUUGCAAGUCAUAUUUUUUUGCAACAGAGAGAAAAUUUUACGCUGCUCCGUUUUAUCUUGGGACCCAUGGACCUUUACCCACUAUUAGCAUCUUUAUCAAGACGGUGUGCGCGUGUGUGUGUGUGUUUCUGAUUCCUGCAUGACUCCACUAUUUCCUAUCUACCUCCCAUUGUCUCUGUUUCUAGUUCUCAUGUCAUAAGUAACAUAGUUUG